AUGGCGUCCCUCAAGCGCAUCACGACCCUGCUGUGGGCCGUCUGGCUGCUGUUCCUCUUCGUCGGUCCAGUAUGGGGCCAGAAGGGCGGCGAUGAUGACGAUGACGACGACGACGACAAGAGCACCAGCCCCAGCGUCAUCUUCCUGACCGGCACUAGAACGACACCUCUUACAAACAUCCCCUCCGGCAUCUACAAGACCUACACCUCCCAAAUCACAUUGGCCUCAACCUCGUUGGGCACCGACCUCGGCGCCCUAACAGCCAACAUCACCGACGACGACGAAGCAACCACUUCUCGCACGCGCACAACCCUCACCGGCUCGGUAGCCACCACAACCGGCACCGCCAACAACAACGGCACGUCGACUUCAACCUCAACCGCAACCCCAACCAACACUCGCCCCUGCAACAACUACCCCGAGCUCUGCGCCCGGAAAUACAGCAACAUCACGCAAGUUGGCACCCAUAACUCCCCGUUCGUCCGCUCCGGCUCUGCCGCCGCCAACCAGCAAUUCGACGUCAUCGCCCAACUGGACGACGGCGUGCGAUUUCUGCAAGCACAGAUCCAAUGGCCGACGAAUGGGUCCGUCCCGCAUUUUUGCCAUACCUCUUGCGACCUGCUCGACGCGGGGCCGAUUACGGAUUGGUUAAGGACCGUGGCAGAAUGGGUGGCGGAGCAUCCGUACGAUGUGGUCACCAUCUUGCUGGGCAACGGGAAUUACUCGAACCCCGACCUUUACGUCCCCUACAUCGAGGAGUCGGGCAUCACGCGCUUCGUGUACACGCCGCAUGUGGUGCCCUUACGCAGAGAUGAUUGGCCUACCCUAGGCCAAAUGAUCCUCUCCGGCCAGCGCGUCGUCAUGUUCCUGGACUACGUCGCCAACCAGACUGCCUACCCUUGGUUAAUCGACCAGUUCUCGCACAUGUGGGAGACGCCCUUUGACCCGACAGACCCAACCUUCCCGUGCAUCGUCCACCGCCCGCCAGACCUCCCACCCGACGCGGCCCGCGAUCGGCUGUACCUCAUGAACCACAACCUAAACGUGGAAGUGUCCCUCUUAGGCCAAACAGUCCUGGUCCCCGCGGUCAGCAAGCUAAAUGAAACGAACGCUGUCGAAGGGGAGGGCAGCCUGGGGAGUGCAGCACAGAAUUGUACUCGGGACUGGGGUAGGCCACCGAAUGUGUUGAAUGUGGAUUACUAUAAUUUUGGAAAUUAUCCAGGAAGUGUUUUUGAAGUGGCGGCAAAGAUGAAUAAUGUGACGUGGGUGCGGAAGCGGUGCUGCGGGAGUGAAAAGAGUGGUGUCGGGAGGUUGGAGGAACGGUUGGCGGCCGUGGUGAUUGGGUUGGUUUUUGGGUUUUGGAUGGCCUUGUCGUAA